AUGGAACAUUUAGAAUUGGUCCAAGAAAUGAUCUUGUUGGAAAAAAUGACCGCUCAAGAACGUUUGAAACAUGCCCGACGGAGACGACAACAACAAUUAAAAAAUUGGAUGCAACGUGAAAAAGAGACAUUAUCAACAACGACCACUGCUAUCACAUCUGCUACAUCUGGGGGAUCGAAUGGAGUAAAUACAAUGACAAAAGCGGCACAAUCCUAUUUACAACAACCAUCAUCUUUGAAACAUCCAACAAAACUUAGUUCACAAGUUAAAUUUCCUCAAAAUGUUGUUUUACUUGAUGCCGCAUCACGUCAAGAUGCAGAUGAGAUAAGCCGUUUAUUACAAACAGGCAACUACAAUCCAAAUACAGCCAACGAAGAUGGUCUAACACCAAUUCACCAAUGCUCAAUUGAUAAUAGUCAGGAAUUGUUACUAUUACUCAUAAAAUUUGGUGGUGAUGUAAAUGCACGUGAUAAAGAUUUAUGGACACCGUUACAUGCGGCAGCAACAUGUGGACACAUACAAAUUUGUAAAAUAUUAAUUGAAAAUGGAGCUCAGUUAUUAGCCUUAAAUGCCGAUGGAAAUAUGCCGUACGAUAUUUGUGAUGAUGAUCAAACGUUAGACUAUAUAGAAACGCAAAUGGAUCAUGUGGGUAUAACACAAGAAAUGAUUGAUACAACAAGAUCAAAACUAGAAAAUCAAAUGUUAACUGAUCUUCAACAUUUAGUGAAGAAAAAAACAUCACAUCAUUCUUCUAGGACAGCAGAUGAUAUACUAUCGUACAGAAAUUCAGAAGGUGCCACACCAUUACACAUCGCAGCAGCAAAUGGAUAUCAGUUUGUAGUGGAAUAUCUUCUACGGCAACAUGUUUCUAUCAAUGUGCAGGAUAAGGAUGGAUGGACGCCAUUGCAUGCAGCUUCAUUUUGGUGUCAGCAAGCCAUUUUGGUGUUACUCAUCGAAGCUGGAGGCGACAUAUAUGAGAAAGUACCCGAUCAACGAACUGCAAUUGAUUUAUGUGAUGAUCCCGACAUAAGAACAUUCAUGAUAGAUUAUCGAGAACAAUGUAUUCGUAAUCAACAACAACUUCAAGCGGCCCAACAAGCAGCAGCUCAAGCUGCUGCUCAACAACAACAACAAAAAUCUACAAAUCGCCUAUUAACUGCUAACGGUUUGCCACCAACAACACCAGCCAGAACUGGUACACUUUAUGAAUCACGUUCGUCUGUUUCGUCACCGUAUGGAUCUGGUUCGAGUUUAAAUCGAACCUCAUCGAUUCGUCGCGCCUCACUACGUGAUCGAGAAAAAGUUAAAAAGUUAAAUGCAAACUUUUUCGAUGUACUCGAAGCAAAAGAUAAAAUACAUGAAGAUGUGGAUGAAACAACGACGCCGACAGCCGUAUUACUGCCCGUGUCAAUAAAACUAUCUUCGAGUGAUAGUAAACAAACUAAACCACCAGUCACUAACGAAGAACAAGCAAGUAGCACAACGACAACGGGUACUGACACAACCGUUCGCCCCACGUCUAUAACAACGAACACAAUUGAAUUACAGGCGACACCUGUGAAAAAACCGAUUCCAAUGAGUCGUACAGUAAAUGAUACGAAUUCAGUUCGAAACGAGUUACCAGUGAUAACGCUAAGUAAUAAUCAUAGCAAUAACACAAUGUUACAACAAUUACCCUCAGUUUCAACCACCACUGUUCCUCUACCGGGCACACUAAUUGAUGUUAAAAGAAAAAGAGAUGAAAAACGUCGUGCCGCUACAAAUGAUAUUGUUACAUCGUCAACAGUAAAUAGUAACGGAAAAAUAAACGAUAAUAUUCACAGUGGAAAGACGAAUUAUGAUAAUCCGUCUAAUACCGCUAAUACGCAUCUGAUUCGAACAACUUUUCCUCCUGUACCACAACAUCAGCACUUGAUAACAAAUAAUAAUGAUUUAUUAAAAAAGUAUAGUUCACCUAAACAUGUUGAAAUUGUUGGACAUUCGGAUGCUGAUCGUGAAAAACGUAUAUGUUGCGUUAUUUUAUGA